AUGUCACCGAAGAAGCUAAAUUCACCAAUGCAGCCUUCUCGAAGCCGACGGAGUCUGCAGGUCGCCCAGGAGCGUAUACGUUGGCUGGUCGCCAACGCACCAACUCUCCUAACAAUGCUCGACUACGUCUCCUGGGCAAUGGACGUGGUCGAAACACUGCCACAACCACCAAAUGCUACUUUGCAGCAAUUAGCACCGCGACGAUCUCCGACGGCUGACCUGCCACGACGAUCUCCGGCGGCUAACCUGCCACGACGAUCCCCGGUGGCUGACCUGCCACAACGAUCCCCGGUGGCUGACCAGCCUCGACGAUCCUCGACGGCUGAGCAGCCGCAGAGAUCUUCGACGGCUGAGCAUCCUCGACGAUCCUCGGCGGCUGACCCGGCGCAGCGAUCUCCGACGGCUGACCCGCCACGGCGAUCCCCAAUGGCUGAGCAGCCUCAGAGAUCUUCGACGGCUGAGCAUCCUCGACGAUCCUCGGCGGCUGACCCGACGCAGCGAUCUCCGACGGCUGACCCGCCACGGCGAUCCCCAAUGGCUGAGCAGCCUCAGAGAUCUUCGACGGCUGAGCAUCCUCGACGAUCCUCGGCGGCUAAUCCGGCGCAGCGAUCGACAAUGGCUGAGCAGCCUCGGCGAUCUUUGACGGCUGAGCAGCCUCGACAAUCUUCGGUGACCCGAAGAAGACGGUCUCAGUCGAGCUCAAGUUCUAGCUCGAGUUCGAGCUCGAGUUCGAGCUCUAGUUUGAGCUCUAGUUCGAGCUCCAGCUCUAGCGGAACAUGUACAUCUGUUAAAAGUAUACGCGAUCUCAAGCCGAUUCCUAAGAUCGCGUCCUCGAAUAUGAAGAGAAAAAUCAAAAAGGCAUCGAGCAGAAGAAGAAAAAGGUAG